AUGCUCUAUGGCCAAAAACAUCUCUUACGAAGAAACACUAUUGACGCCUUUGCUCCGGAUUUUUUUGUUUAUUUACUGAAUUUUAGCAGCACGUUUCCAACGGAAACAGAAAACCGAACUUCUAUGCUGGACGAUGAUGUGAUAUUCUGGAAAGAGGUCGCCUUCCUCGGAGUGAUUGGCUUUCUCACGUGCUUCUUUUUCGUGCUUACUUGUGUUCUCAUUUGUCUUCUAAGGUUGAGGCUGAAAUCCGGAGAGAAGUGUUCGGAGAUUUUUAAAAUGCAGCUUGUUCCAGUAGGAAUCGGAGCUAAUCUUAACAAAAUCUGGAGAAGCAAUACGUCCCUCGUGUUUUCUUGGUUAGGCUGUGAUAGGAAAGUACAACUGUCUCCAGAAGAAAUUUUAAGAAGGAUCUGUGCCUAA